AUGCAGGAGAAGCUGACGGAGAACCAGACUCCCACUCCACCGAGGACCUCGUCGUUUUCCAUAGAGAACAUACUGGGGAAGGGACAUGGACACGGAUCCAGAGGCCGAGGACUGAAGGCGCACCACGCCGAGGAGAGAGCUCCAUGCCCGGAUGGCUGCAGCUCCUCCUUCAGCCUCAGACCUCUGGAGGCACCGCACAGUCCAAGAGACACAUACAUCCUAGAGAUACACAACACGAGUCCAGACCACCACUGCUGCUCCACACUGACCGCUGACAGGUGCUCCCCCGCCGGGUCUGAGCCCAUAACGGAGUCCAGCGACGACACUGACCGCAAAACAACCGACAGCACCCUGACAGACGACAGUGAGGACAUGCACACCGGGUUGGACUCCUCGGACCCGAGCUCCACCCGCAAGAAGAAGACCCGCACCGUGUUCAGCCGCAGCCAGGUGUUUCAGCUGGAGUCCACCUUUGAUGUGAAACGGUACCUGAGCAGCUCGGAGAGAGCAGGACUGGCAGCUUCUCUGCACCUGACAGAGACUCAGGUGAAGAUCUGGUUUCAGAACAGGAGGAAUAAAUGGAAGAGGCAGCUGGCGGCGGACCUGGAGGCCGCACAUGUCCCCCACUCCACCCGGAGGAUAGUCAGGGUCCCCAUCCUGUACCAUGAGGGGCCUUCAGGCUCAGCUCUGGGCUUCAUGAACGGACAUCCUCUCUCUGCGGGCUUCUCCAGCUCCAUCAACUACCCUCUGUCCUCGUUUGCUCACUCCAUGAGCUUGUUAAGAUCACAGAUGACCGGUCUGGUCUAAAGACUAUUACUGGUUGUGUCAAGUU